CGCUGCUAUUUUUGUUUAUAUGCUAUUUUACAGUUUGGCUUUGUUGUUUGUCACUGUCAUUUGUAUCAAACAUGAACAUUACCAUAUUUAACCCAAGUGUUUGAGAAAAUGGAAUCUCCGGAGUUGUUGUUUUCUCUUGUUUAUGCUUUUUUAAGCGUUUGUUUUGUGGCACCUCCGACAGAAUUCGUGUCUGGUGGAUUGACAAUCCAGAAUUUGUUUUCAAAUUUCCUUGGGAGCGAAGAACUAAAUUUCAUUUAUUACCACAUUCGACGAACAACUGCAACUCUUGUUAUACAUUCAUUUAUUCCCCUUGGUUAUUAUUUUGGUUUAGUGAUAUGCUCUCCACAUUUGAACUUAUUCAACAUCUUUCAAACCUCUUUAUUAUGGCAGAUAUAUUUUGUGAUUAGUUUGACAUUAUGUUUGAGAGCUUGUUUGUUUGCAUUCUGGUGGUCUAGAGGAAAAUGGAACAACCAUCCAAUAGCUCAGGAAUUAAGACUUCUCUCUGAAGAUGGCAACUGGAGAUCUGUGGCGUCCUCUAUUGAUAUUGAAUUCCGACGUGUAGAUAAGUUCACUACUGGUGGAUUUGGAAGGAGAGUGAUAGUGACUGAUUCUUGGGUGAUGAAAACUUCGGCGUAUUAUGUAAAUGUAGCAAGACAGAGUGAUAUCCAUUUAACAUUAUCCCAUUCCGAGGAACAUGCUCUGUCUUAUGAAAACAAUACCACAGCCCAGUUUUUAUCUAUAUCUGUUUCAGGAAUUAAUCCAAAAUUAAAACCUUUUCAUAUUAGAUUAAAUGCUUUAGAGUAUGGUGAUUUAAAAGAAAAAUUAACUUUACCAAUAAGGAAUGUAAGAAGUAUAGUAAUAAGACAAUCAUUAAGCGAUCAAUUUUUAGAAGAAUUUCGAAAUCAAGUCAAGGAAAAUCCAAAAUAUAGAUUACCUCAAGAUACGGAGGUAGAAAACUGUAUAGGCUGUAUGGUCAAACCAUCUAAUGUUAAAUUAAGAAAAGAAUGUAGUGAUCUCCCAGAUGGAGAGUGUCAACAGUGUUAUUGUCGUCCAAUGUGGUGUUUAGAAUGUAUGGGUAAAUGGUUUGCUAGUAGACAGAAUCAACAAGAACCAGAGACAUGGAUGUCCAGUAUUUCACCUUGUCCGACAUGUCGAGCAAAGUUUUGUGUUCUAGAUGUGUGUUCUGUUUUAGGGUAGUAAAAGUGCCUUUCGAGAUACUUCAUACUUGUUUUUGUUACAAUAAAUAUCUAAUUAUUAUU